AUGGGCGAUCUAUCUGGCCGCAAGGUCUUCAAGGUCUUCAACCAGGACUUCGUUGUUGACGAUAGGUAUACUGUCACAAAGGAGCUUGGACAGGGUGCAUAUGGUAUUGUCUGCGCCGCCACAAAUGCUCAAACUGGUGAAGGGGUAGCCAUCAAGAAAGUCACGAAUGUUUUUAGCAAAAAGAUCCUCGCAAAGAGAGCUUUGCGUGAGAUCAAGCUUCUCCAGCAUUUCCGAGGUCACAGAAAUAUCGCUUGUCUCUAUGACAUGGACAUUCCCCGCCCGGACAAUUUCAACGAAACAUAUCUAUACGAGGAAUUGAUGGAAUGUGAUCUUGCUGCUAUCAUUCGAUCGGGACAGCCUUUGACCGAUGCCCAUUUUCAAUCCUUCAUCUAUCAGAUUCUCUGUGGUCUCAAAUACAUUCACUCUGCAAAUGUCUUGCACAGAGAUUUGAAGCCCGGAAAUCUGUUGGUCAAUGCUGAUUGCGAACUGAAGAUUUGCGAUUUUGGCUUGGCCAGAGGUUUCUCACAGGAUCCAGAGGAAAACGCCGGGUAUAUGACAGAAUAUGUCGCUACCCGAUGGUACCGUGCUCCUGAGAUCAUGUUGAGCUUUCAAAGCUAUACCAAAGCCAUCGAUGUCUGGUCCGUUGGCUGUAUUCUUGCAGAAUUGCUUGGUGGAAGACCCUUUUUCAAGGGUCGAGAUUAUGUUGACCAACUCAACCAAAUUCUGCAUUAUUUGGGAACCCCCAACGAGGAGACUCUAUCUCGAAUUGGAUCUCCACGUGCUCAGGAAUAUGUUCGGAAUUUGCCGUUCAUGCCGAAAAUCUCAUUCCAGAGACUCUUCCCUCAGGCCAAUCCGGACGCUCUGGAUCUUUUGGACCGAAUGCUGGCAUUUGAUCCAUCAUCCCGUAUCAAUGUCGAAGAUGCUCUGGAGCACAGAUAUCUUCACAUCUGGCAUGAUGCAUCCGAUGAACCAGCAUGUCCCAAGACGUUCGACUUCGCUUUUGAAGUGGUUGAUGAUGUGCAGGAGAUGAGAAAAAUGAUUCUGGAUGAAGUGCUCCGGUUCCGUCACCAUGUUCGCCAUCAACCCUCUCAGACUCCAGCUACCAACAUCAAUGUACCAAUUCCCGACAACCCGAAUCAAUGGAAGCAGGAAGAUCCCCGACCGCAAGAGGCUAGUGCAGUCUAUGGGAAUGACCUUGAACAUGAACUGCAGGCUGGUUCUGAUUUGUUGAGACAACGAUAG